AUGAUUGUUUUUCGACCUGAUUCCCCACUCCACCUUUGUCGCUCUUAUAAUAUUGCUAAUACUUAUGUCGGGAUACUGACGGUCGUUUGCGCUGAGAGCAUAUUCAUACUCAGAGCAUAUGCAGUUUGGGCACGGGAGAGAUGGAUUGCAGUGUGCGCAGUCGUCAGCACCAUUACCUAUCUAGUACCGAUUACCAUCUGCCUACAGGAAUUUAACUCGUUACUCUCCGAACCAUGCUAUAUCCCUGGUGUUUCCGGACUUGUGGAUCCGGAGACAGGCUUCAGAUUAUAUGUAGCAUUUGGCUUGCUAGCUGUCGCCGAAUUACAAAUAUUAUUGUUUCUGCUGUAUCGCACCGUCAAGAGUCAUGGUGGGUGGAGGAUUGAAAACCGUCUUAUGCUCAGCCUCUUGCGACAUAAUCUGCUGUAUUUCGGCUGCAGCUUUGCCUUUAACCUCAGUGUCAUUGUUGCUACAGCUUUGCUUCCGGAUUACUCACUCCUCUGCAGGAUUCAGGUUGUUAUACAAUCCCUCUUGGUCACGCGAAUGCACAGGGACUUCUACAAAUCGGACCGUGCUUCUUGUGGCAUCAACACAAAUGGCUCUCUCGCAACGUGGGUGGUGGGUGCCAUGGAUGUUGCGUGA